UAGAUCUGAAGAGAUUAGAUGAAAGAAACAGCAUAUACUGUAUCUGCCAUAUAUACAAGGUCUUUUAUUAGCAAUUUUUGUCAUAAGAGUUUGCUAAUCUUAAUGAUUAACAAAAUGCUUUGAAACUGAUGUCUCUAUGGGCUGAAACUCUAAAUACAGUAGACUCCCGACUAUCCAGCUCGCGACCAUCCAGCCUAGUUAAAAAAUAAUAAUUCUCCAUAAUAAAAUGAGGAAUAAUUUACUUUGCCAAGCCGUUGCAAGCGGGCGUCUGCUACAAUCCUCCUACGUACCGUGUGCAUACCACAAGUUGCGACAUGCAAAGCGCAGAUUUCCCCCACCCUGCUACCUGUUCUUUGCUUCAUCAGUUGUGUAUUGAAUGUCAACAAGUGAGGAAUAUGUUUGCCACUGUUCCUGGUUAAGUUAGUAAAUUGUUGUUUGGUGUGCUUCGCUGAUUUUUUUAUUAAAGAUCACGAAAUGGGUGAUAAACGAAAAAAGGUUGUAGUGACUAUGGAGGAGAAACUACGUGCUAUAAAACGACUAGACUCUGGGGUAAUGGCAAAAACUAUUGCUUCAGAUUUAGGAGUCGGGAAAAGUACAGUUGGAGACUGGAAGAAAAAUCGAGCAGAAAUUGAAAAGUGGUGUGCUGCCCAAGCUAGUGGAAGUGGAAUGAAAGUAAGAAAAACGAUGCUGAAAGGUAAGCAUAAAGAAGUUGAGGAAGCUUUAUUUUUGUGGCAUGAACACUUAAGAGGAAAAGGCUUGCCUGUUACUGGGCCGAUAUUGCAGAAAAAAGCAUUGCAACUUAAGCGACAAAUAGAAGGAGAAGAUUCAGAAUUUACUGCCAGUGAUGGAUGGUUAGAUCGGUGGAAAAAACGAUUCAGUAUUCACCAGAUUACCAUAAGUGGGGAGGCUUUAUCUGCUGAUAAAGAGGCUGUACCUUUGUUCAAAGACUACCUUUUUAAGCUUAUUGAAAAGGAGGGAAUUUCUGGGGAGCAGUUGUACAACUGUGAUGAGACCGGUUUAAAUUAUAAGAUGCUCCCUACAAAAAUGCUUGCAUCAAAAAAAGAAGCCGCUGCACCAGGAUACAAGAAAAGCAAAGAACGAGUCACCAUCUUGGCUUGCAGUAAUGCAACUGGCAACCACAAGCUUAAGCUUACGUUAAUAGGAAAAUCAAAGAAACCUAGAGCUUUUAAAAAACUGAAAAAUCGGGAAUCACUACCCCUAUAUUACACACAUCAAAAGAAAGCAUGGAUGAAUUCAGAAAUCUUUAAAACCUGGUUCCAAAAUGAAUUCGUACCGACUGUAGAAAAACAUUUGAAAGAAAACAAUUUGCCAAGAAAAGCUGUACUACUUCUUGACAAUGCACCUUCGCAUCCUGCCACUGACGAACUCACAGAUGGAGACAUCAAAGCUUUAUUUUUACCACCCAAUGUGACGGCUGUUUUUCAGCCAAUGGACCAGAGCGUCCUUGAAACGCUAAAGAAAAAGUAUCGUUGGCGUCUUCUCAGUUCGUUGAUAUCAGCGAUUGAUAACAAUGAAGACUGCGUAACCACUCUGAAAAAGAUUGACAUGCUAGAUGUCAUAAGGUGGUUGGCCGAAGCAUGGGAAGAGAUUCCAAACAUAUCACUUGUAAAGUCUUGGAAAAUUCUUUUGGACCAUGAAGAUGGUCAUUUCAACCUUGAACCUGUGUGUGAAACCGAAGUGGAAGAUGAAAAUGAUAAACUUGUUUCGUUGCUCGAAAAAGUACCAGGCUGUGACAAUGUCAAUGCAGAGGACAUUACAGAAUGGAUGGCAAACGACGAAGCUGAUGAAAUAACUGAUAACGAUAUUGUGGAAAUGAUGACACAGGAGGAAGUAAUAGAAGAGGAGGAGGAGAAGGCAUCCUUAGAUGACAGGAAAAAUCUUAUCCCACAUUCGGAAGGGUUCAAGACAAUUGAGGCAGCGCUGCAGUACAUUAGUGAGCAGGAGGAAGCAACGCCAGCUGAUAUCAUCUGCUUGCGUAAGUGGAGGGACAUUGCAUCGCAGAAGAGGGCUAAAAGGGAGAAGCAGUCAUCUAUAAAGGACUUUUUCAAAAACUAAAAACUGUCAGUUUUGACUCUUUCAUCUUAGGCCUACCUUUUCACAUUUGUGUAAUCAUUUAUCAAUGAACAGUAAAACAAAUUUAAAUAAUUUUUGUAAGAAUUAAGCCUACGUUUUACGUUAAUGUUUUGUUUAUUUU